UGUACUCUGGUCCAGGUGAGCGGUUCUGGGCCCGCAUAAGCUACACAUUUACCAGGCGAUAGUGUUCCCUCCAGCGGACACCCCGCACACUGGGACACGGUGAUGUGUUUUCUCCGAUACUUUACAUUUGAAUAACAACACUCGUAUUGAUGUUUCGGCUUUGAAAGAUGGAAAGAUUUCUCAGUCGCAUUGUGACUAUCAUCGCUUUGAUAUACGCAUGUCAUGGAAUCACCGGUACUCACGGCAAAUGUAGUGAUGGGUGCACCGCUCCGUAUGGGGGAUUAACUUGUCAAGCGUGCCGACACGGUUGCUAUGGAGACAGGUGUAACAACCACUGCAGCCACUGUGACACUGGCGGGUGUGACAGAGAUACAGGCAGGUGUUACAGAUGUAAACCAGGUUACUAUGGUGACGACUGCAGCACUCUAUGCCCAGUAGACUGUCCUGCAGAUGACAAGGGUCAUUAUUAUUGCAACAGAACCACGGGGAGCUGUGUGGAGACCUGUCCCAAGGGACACUUCGGGAACACAUGCCAGAACCUUUGUCCACAACAUUGCAAACACUGGUCUUGUGCCAAAACCAAUGGGGACUGUCUUGCUGGCUGUGAGCAUGGGUGGACGGGGUCUUUCUGUCGUGAGAAGUGCUCUGCCAAUUGUCUGCGAGGAAUAUGCCACAUCGACGGCAAGUGCAAAGAGGGAUGCGAAGCUGGUUACUAUGGACGGUUCUGUGACCAGAAAUGUUCCAACUGUUACAUCACAGGAUGUGACAGAUUUACAGGAAGAUGUGAUCAAUGCUUACCUGGUCUCCAUGGCGACAACUGUAACAUGACAUGCAGUAACUACUGUUACACAGAACAGGAUGGCUACAGGCACUGUGCGCGAGAAGACGGAAAGUGUUUACAGGGAUGCAUACGCGGACGACAUGGAUCUCACUGUGGAAGAAAGUGUAGCAUCAACUGUAAGAAUUUCGCAUGCUAUCCAGAAGACGGGUCUUGCGUUGACGGCUGUACGCACGGACGGAAAGGGUCUUUCUGUAACCAAACCUGCUCGAAACAUUGUCGGAGUGGCGCCUGUUAUACAGAUGGAAGAUGUAAAUAUGGAUGCGAACCAGGGUUCUAUGGUCUAUUUUGUGAUCGGCAAUGUCCACACUGUGAUAGUACGGGAUGUGACAGAACAUCGGGCAGGUGUGAGGAAUGCUCCCCGGGCAGAUAUGGCAAUGGUUGCAAUCAGACGUGCAACAACUGUUAUGCAGGACGAUAUAGUUCGGGUAUUUGUCAGCGGGAAACCGGAAGAUGUCUAGAGGGAUGUAAGGACGGUUGGUAUGGACCAACAUGCAGUCAGCCAUGCAACCAGAACUGUAGACCCCAGAUCUGUAAUACAGAUGGCGCCUGUAUAAAUGGCUGUAUGCAUGGAUGGAGUGGAACCCACUGCAAUAUCACGUGUCCUGGCAAAUGUUUCAAUAAGGACUGCCUCACUGAUGGAAGGUGUAAGCAGGGAUGCAGGGAUGGGUUCACAGGAAGAUCGUGUGAGGAAGAAUGUCCUACUUGUAAAACUUACAGGAUUCAUGUAAUUGAGCCUUUCACAAGUAGUGAGUCGUCUCAGCUAGCGCCCAUAUCAGGGCUUUGGAUUCAAGUGGCUGCCAUCAUGGUUUGGGCGUAUCACCGCUGUCCACUAGGCUGCCAGGACAUCUGAACUGCAAUCACGUCGAGGGUAGUUAGAAGAGUCCUGGACAGAACACUGACAGCUGAUGUGUUGAACCAAUGUAAUGAGUACAUACGUGACUGAUAUCCGCUCUGAAGACACCAUCCACACAAAGAACAUAUACAUCCAAACUACUUGUAGAGAAGCAUACAACCAAUGUGUAAAUUGUAUAUUCUUGUACAUUUUGUUUGACUGUGUACAAGUGUGUUCAUGUAAAUAUGUCAGAAAACUGUAUAUAUUUCCUCAAAUUCUGUAAAUUUGUAUAGUUUCAUAUGUGUACAUUAUCAUUGUGAACAAAAAUGUUACAAGAUAAAAUUAUAUAAAGAUAAGGACGUUCCAAAGUGCCAUUGUUCCUUCCUGAAUGUAGAAAGAUGAUAAUAAAUGUCGUGUAUAC